AGGUUGAACAUUGACGCGUGCGCGAUGUAAGCCAAGACGCCAUUUUGCUUCGUGCAAGAAAUCUGCUGUUUUUUUAAAUCAGACUGAGCACUGUCUCAAUCAUCAGACUGUGUAAUUAGUUGGAUCACAAACAUAUUAACUGCAUUCAGGAAAUUACAAUAAUGUCUGAAAACGCAGUAGAUUCGGGGCCUGUUGAAAUUCAUGAAGGGGCGGGCGUACGAAAGCUGUCGGAGCUGAGAGUCAUCGAUUUGAAGGCCGAGCUGAAAAAGAGAAACCUUGACAUCAGCGGUAACAAGAGCAUGCUAUCAGAGCGACUUAAAAAGGCCAUUGAAGAGGAAGGGGGCAAUCCUGACGAAAUAGUUGUUCAACUUGAAAUAACUCCAAAAAAAACACCUAGACGAACUCUUAAAGGGAAAAGACAAGAUAAUGAUGAAUCGGAAGACUGUGCGAUAGAAGAGGAUUCUGUUGAUGGCCAGGUGCAUUCUAGUGUACAAAUCCUCGAUACAAAUGAACAGAGCAGCAGUAAUGAUGACCCUGAAGCCAAUGCAGAGUCUCUUCAGGAGAUGGACAUUAUGGACAUGAAUGUUCUGGAUGAAGCAGAUAUUGAUAACUGUGUGUCAGCUGACGGCGAUGACUACGAUGAGAAUGAACUUCUAGAAAUGAUGUCAAACGAAGAAACGAAUGAAAACGAUGCAGAUGAUUUUUCCGAUCCUGUAGCCCUUGUGUCUCCGGUGAAGCUUGAGGAGAAAAUGGAAACUAAAGACAUUGACUUCGAAGAAAACCAAACACUGGAUUCUCAGGAACAUGAACUAGAGGAGGAGCCUGAAGACGUGAAAGGAGAAAUAGAAAGUGAGAAAGUAGCCGGGUCUUGUAUGUCAGAGCUACUUAACGAAGAGCCUUCUGAGGAGCCGACUGAAGGAGAGAAAGCCUCAGUCUGGGAGUCUCGCAAAGACGAAGACGAUGCGUCCGACCUCAGCAAGGCUGAGGAGGGCAGCAAUUUGGAAGGAGAGUCGUCAGCUUGUGAAGCUGAUCUUGACGCCUCAAAGCAAAGCGAAGUUGAGCUCGCGUGCGGGGACAGACGCGACGCCGAGGACAAUUUGACGGGUGCCGAGAGCGCGUCCGCUCGGGCAGCUAACGCGAACGAAACCGGCUUGCACGAACUCGAAAACGCAGUCGAUUCGGAAAUGGCGUGGAAGGCGGAGGGGUCUGAGGAAGACAAGAAGACUGAAGAGAGUGCUGCAGAAUCUUCCGAACUGAAAGAGUCCUCUGUAGAGGGUGAUGAUCAGAAAAAGAGCGCUGAUGAAAAAUCGAGUAAACUAGAGCCGAAAGAUGACAAAGGUAGUGCUGCAGCUAGUGGGAGAAACCUGUGGGUUAGUGGGCUGUCUUCGACCACCAGAGCGACUGAUCUGAAGAACCUGUUUAGCAAAUAUGGCAAGGUCGUCGGCGCCAAGGUGGUGACGAACGCCCGGAGCCCAGGUGCACGGUGCUACGGCUUUGUUACCAUGUGCUCUACAGAGGAGGCCACAAAGUGCAUCAGCCACCUACACCGCACAGAGCUGCACGGCCGAAUGAUCUCCGUGGAAAGGGCCAAGAACGAGCCAGCUGGGAAAAAAACGGCCGACAGAAGUGAUGCCAAGAAGUCCAGCAGCGAGAGAAGACACUCGUUGGACUCCAAGGCUGAUGCGUCUGAAACCACGGAUGAGAAGACAGAAGGCACUGAUGACAAAGCCCGUGGAGAGAGGACUGUUGUGAUGGACAAAUCGAAAGGCGAGCCCGUCAUCAGUGUCAAAACCAAGAGCAAGGAGCGGAGCACUAAAAGCCGUGACCGCAAGUCCUCCAGCAGAGAGAGGAAGGACAUCCUGUCGUUUGACCAGAUCAAAGAGCAGCGUGAGCGUGAGCGGCAGAGGCAGCGUGAGCGGGAGAUCAGGGAGGUGGAGAGACGCAGGCACUCUGGCGAGCGCGACAGCCGCAGCGAGCGUGAGCGCAUCCGCCUGUUCCGCGAGCGCGAGGAACGGGAGAGGCUGAUCCGCAAGCGCAACUGGCUGGAGGUGGAGAAGCAGCGGCUGGACGCCGACCGCAUGGAGCGCGAGUUCCUGGAACGCGAGCGCAUGCGCGUGGAGUACGAGCGGCGGCGCGAGCAGGAGCGGAUCCAUCGGGAGCGUGAGGAGCUCCGCAGACAGCAGGAGCAGCUGCGCUAUGAGCAGGAGCGCCGCCCACUCAAGAGGCCGUACGACAUGGACGGAAGGAAGGAUGACUGGCAGGUGAAGAGGAUGCCCAUGGAUGACCGCUAUGGGCGUUCGGACUUUGGACGGCAGGACCGCUACCAAGACUUUGACCACAGAGACCGCAGCCGCUACCAGGACGACAUGCUUAUGGACAGGAGGGAUGGAGGUAGAGGAGGUAUGCCUGGCGAUAGAGAUGGACAGCACUUCUCUGAUCGGGACAGACACGGGAGAGACUCUCGGGAUAACUGGGGCGGCGGGGGCUACGAUAAGCGCCCCAUGAACCCUGCGAGGGCGGUCCCUGGCAGAGAUAACCGGGACUGGGAGCCAGGGCGCAAAAUGGACGGAGACAGACCAUGGCAAGGAGCAGACCGGGGCAUUCCAGGACAGAGUCACAUGGCCCGAGGGGCAAUGGCGAGUCGAGGUGGAUACAUGCAGAGCGGGACAUCGCAGUCGCUAUCUGGAGCCUUAAAUCGACAGAACCAGAUGAUGCAGGGCAGCGGCCUGCAAGGAGGUGGGGCCUUUGGCCGACGCUACUAACCUGCACUUUGUCCCUUCCCGUAACUAAUUGUGAUCUCUCAGCUUGUAUAUAGCUUCUAAAGCUUUGUAAAUUUGAUCAGCUUUUUAAAAGAAGUUGUUGGUUUUUUGUUUUGUUUUGUUUUUUUGCUCGUUUCUUUGUUGUUUUGGCCCUGUAAAACAUUAAGACAAACAGGUCCACCCGCCCACCUCUGCGUCCAUUCCUAAUUUUCACAGUUUUACUUUUCGGUAGUCUGGUGGGUUAGUCAAGUAAACUCAGGAAGGUAUCGUGACGCUGAAACCUGCUUUCUGUGCAUUCACUGCAGUGCAGUUCAUACUACACAUUUGAGUAAAAUUGCGGAGGUUUUGUUUUUGUUUUUUUUUUGUUUGUUUUUUUAAUUGCUUUAUUGUUCACAUCAUGUUGGUGUGUCUGCGGUUUCCUAUCAAAUUAUCCUCGAACUCCUGCAGUAAAGUGCAUUUUUGGUAUUGGCCAGCAGAUGGUGCUUGUGCACUGCCACAGACAUGUUUUCAUGUCUCCUCACUUCUGUGGAAUUCCUACUGUCAGUUCCAUAGCGUUUGUAACACCACAAUUCUGAUUCUAGAGGUGGGGAUCUUAAAGUUGACUGCAUGCAUGCUCUGGUUCUCUUAUUUUUCCUUUUUUCAGUGUAUGUUUUGUUGACGAGCGAAAAACUGAAUAAAGAUAUUUCAUAAAAGAA